AUGGAUAAAGGAACAAAAUUAAGGCGAACAAAUAAAAAAUGCUCAUAUAGUAUGCAAAUAAAAACAUCACCUACAAGUAGAAUGGCAAGUCAAUCUAUUGAUGGAAAAUAUGAUUUAAAAAAAAACAGCAUGAUGAAUAAUUUAAAGAGUAAAAUAGAAAUAAAAAAGGAAAUACAAUAUGAUAGCCCUUCUAAAUUAAUAAACAAUUAUGAUUAUAAAAACAUUAGUUCUGAUAAUAUAAGUAAAUCUUCUACUAGUUUAAUAAAAAAUUACAAAAAUAAUUGGAUCACACUAAAUGCUACACCAAAUGAUUUACAAUUAAAAUAUUGUCUACUGAUUGGGCAAGAAUUUCAUUUUAAAAAAGUAGAAGACUGCUCAUACAUUGGAAUGGUAAAUAAAAAAAUAUAUUUAUUUAAAGAAACUCAUGAUAAAAUAUUAUACCAAUGCAUAUUCAAUACUAACAAAGAAGAGAAUAGUACAAAGACUGAACUUUCUGAUAAUUCAAAUUGUAAUAAUUCAGAAAGAAGAGAUGAUGAUGAUGAUAUAGAUAUUCAUGAAUUUUUUAAUUUAUCUUUUCCUUUAGAAGAUCAAAUAAAGGAAUGGAUAGAAAAGGACAAAAGAAUGGAAGAAAUAUCAAAUAAAAUAAAAGGUUUAAGAAUAUUAAAAAAUGAACCAGUAGAAUCAUUUUUUUCAUUUUUAUGUUCUACUAAUAAUAAUAUACCAAGGAUAACAUUAAUGAUUGAUUGUUUAAGACGAAGAUAUGGGGAAUAUAUUGCAACUGUAAUAUUUACAAAUGAUGAUAUAAUUAUUUUAAAUCAGCAAAAUGGAGUAAAUAAAAAAACUACUAUAUCUAAGAUUAAGACAAACGUAAAAAAUGAAAAAGAUUUAGAUAACUGUUUAGGAGAAGUGGACAUACAAAACGUAUCUAAAUAUACACCAAAUGAAAAUAAAAUAUUUUAUGAAAGUAUAAAAACAGAAGUAAAAGAAGAAGGGAAAAAUAAAAUAUUUCAUUUUUAUAAAUUUCCAAGUAUUGAAACAAUAUCAAAUUUAAAAGAAUCGGAUUUAAGAAAUUUAGGAUUUGGUUAUAGAAGUGGAUAUGUUAUAGAAAGUGCAAAAAUGUUAAAAGAUUUAGGAGGUGAAGAAUGGAUUGAAGAUUUAAAAAAAGAAAAAAAAACUAAAGCAUGUAUAGAUAAGUUAAUAAAAUUUCCAGGUGUUGGACUAAAAGUAGCCAACUGCAUAUGCUUAUUCGGAUUAAACAGAUAUGAUUGUAUACCCAUAGAUACACACAUAUAUGAUAUUAUUUAUAAAUAUUAUAGUGAUAUAAUAGAAGAUGAUAAUGGAAAGAAUAAAAAAGCUAGCAGUCGAACUAGACUAACUACCAAAAAUGGUGAUGCUAAAAAAACAAAUAAAAAUUUGAAACAUACUCGACUCAGUGUAAAACCUCAAAAAAAAGCAUUAACUACAGCAUUAUAUAUAAAAUUAUUUACAAAAUUAAAAGAUAUUUUUGGUCCCAAUUGUGGAUGGGCACAAACUAUUUUGUUUGCUUCGGAACUCAGAAAAUUUACACAUUUAUUUUAG